UAAUAAUUUUCUAAUUUGUAUGCUAUCUAUAGAGAGACGUCACCCAAACCUCUGCAGUCUUUGCAAAGAUCCACAAAUGUGUUCAGAAAGAGAUCCAUACGCUGGCGAAGAGGGGGCCAUAAAGUGUCUGAUGGAAGGUGAGGGACAGGUGGCCUUCACUACCAUUGAAACGACCGAACAUUACUUUAAGACGCGACCCGAAGAACGAGACAAUUACCAGUUUCUAUGUCUCGAUGGCUCUCGAAUGCCAAUCACUCGCAGAGCCUGUGAGUGGGCGCGAAAGCCUACCAAUGCUUUUGUGAUUAGAAAAGGAAGAGUCUAUGGACGCGUCCUAUACUAUAGC